UUUGGAUGGAGAAAAAAAAAAUCUAAUAUCUAAUAUGGUGUCCGUGGUUCACAGCGGUUCACGUCGGAUGUCUAUAUUUUGAGAUAAAAAAAAACGAACGGAGGAAAAAAAACGAAAGAAUUUUCCUCAGUCCGCAGUGCCUAGGAUAAUUCGUUAAUAAUGAAAAUUCGAUUGAAAAAACGGACGUUUUAGAUGUUGAACGCGUAUGUCGCAAGUCGUGGCUUUAAAGUUUCUCGCUCGUAGGUAUACGUUCGAGACACAGAAGACGAAAGAAACGGAGUUUUUUUAUUUCGAUCUAAAGGAGACUCAGGUGGAAAAUACUACAGCGUGUCUUCUCAUACUUUUGUAUCAGACAUUUUAAAGAUUCGGUGUUGUGUCCUCGUUGAAAAUAUUUCGAAAAACGAAACCAUUUGAUUUUGACAUUAUUUUAAAGAGAAAGAGAAAGUACUAUUUUCUCAAAAAAAAUGGAGAACUCGAUAUUGUAUGAUGAAGACGAUGUCACAAGAACGAAAAUCGAUAUCAAAACGGGUAUGGGAAGUGUCCCUGAUAUUGGCACAUUGGAUAUUGUGUCAAGGCUAAGUCCACAACCGCAGGACGAAGAACCACGAAUCAAUGGCUUGCAUCAGGUCAACGGUGUUUGCGAAUCGCCUCAGAGAAACCCAGAAACUAAUAACCUGGCGGCGCAACCUUCAAAUGAGGAAACUAGUCACUUAAACCAAUUGGAAAAGACAAAGUCUUCGUGUACGGAAAAUGAAGAUGCUGACAUUCGAUAUGUCAGCUACACGAGCGAGUUGCAGAUGCCUAAUAUUAUGAAAUUAAUACAGAAAGACCUGAGCGAACCGUACUCUAUUUACACUUAUAGAUAUUUUAUUCAUAAUUGGCCCAAACUGUGUUUUCUGGCAAUGCACGAGAACGAGUGCGUCGGUGCAAUUGUUUGCAAACUGGACAUUCAUAGGAAAGUGAUAAAACGUGGGUACAUUGCAAUGUUGGCUGUGGACGUGAAAUACCGUAAACGCAAAAUCGGUUCAAAUCUCGUGAGAAGAGCGAUAAAAGUAAUGGUUGAGGAUGAUGCGGAUGAGGUCGUCCUUGAAACGGAGAUAACGAACCGACCAGCGUUGAAACUUUACGAGAAUCUUGGCUUCGUUCGUGACAAACGACUCUUCCGUUACUAUUUAAAUGGCGUUGAUGCCUUACGACUGAAGCUUUGGCUCAGAUGAAAUUUGUCUGCGUGUUCAUGCCAAUAGGAACUUAAAUAAUUUCGCGAAAGUUGGAUUAGCGUGUGCGUCAGUGUAUAUCGAUAUUUGUACAUCAACGUACGCGCUGGAAUUCGAUUCUUUGAUAUCCAUAAACGAACGUUAGAGACUUUAUUACCGAAGAAUUUAUCCCAAACGUGCGCACAAAUGAAAAACACAAUGGAGCAACAAAAAAAUCGUUGCGUUUCAACGGCAUUAAGGGAAAAAAAAAACAAAAAAAAAGUAACUGGAAAAAAAUAUAUCUAACACGUCACGGCCGGCCCGAGGUUUGGGAGGGCAAAUUUUGUUUGAAAAUGUUUUAGUAUAUUUUCUUCAACAAAACAUGGUUUAUCGGAGUAACGGUAUUCGGUGAUGGCAAAUGUGUAUUUCUUCAUAUUUUCGAUAAAUUUAUCCGGAAUUAUGUUGAAAAAUUGAUUAAACUGAAAACCUUGAAUAUGAGCUCAUCUUUGUUUUCUUCAGCUAAAUUCUUGCCCAGCUAACUGCUCAUUUUGUAACUGAAUUUCAAUAAUCACUAACUAUUUCCAUUGAUAUCCAUUUUCAGUAAUUCUGCAAGUGUCAUUAAGAGCAGGAUGGAAGUUCAAUUCUUAUCAGGAAAAUUUGUUUUUCUAUAAUUGAUUUAAACUUUCUCUGUGGGGAAGAGAAUUCAAAAUUUCCGAAACACUGAAAGGUUUCGGCGCAUUGCUAAACACUUAAUUGUUGAUCCGUACUUGUUGACUCCAAAGCGUUCAACAAAUCAUGCAAUCCCGAUGCAAACUUUUUCCCCGACGAAAGUUUGAACGAAGAUCUUUGAAAGCAUUGCGGUAAUUUCCUAGUUCACUGACACUCUUCGAGACGAGUUAAAUAAAGAAAAUAUUCCACGUGGGGAUAAUUACUUUCGUAGUAAAGUUUAAGUUCGUAAAUUACGAUCGAUCACAGCUUGAAAAUUUAUAUACAUUAUGAAUUAUAUAAAUAUUAUAUUGCAUGUAUAUAUCGAUUGAUAUUUAUGUAUGCGUGAAUGUACAUUGGGAUUUUCCAUUCGAAAUAUCGUUAAUAUCGAGCCUUAGAAAAACUAAAAAAUUUCAAUUGUUUUAAUACUAUCCCCAUGUUCACAUAAAUCUUUUCUGCGUAAGGGACUGACAAUCUGAAAAAUCGUCCAUCUGAGUUUCCUUGGCACAUUCGUCCUUCAAAUUUUUCAAUAAAUUUUCUCGAGCGUUUCCCCACGAACGGAAUGUUUCAACGUACAUACACGAUCUCGAGGCUCGAUGUUUAUCCUGACAAGCUUGAGUUAACAAUCGAAUUGCGAAUAACAGAGUUUCCACCCUUUUUCGGUCUGAUUCUCUUCUGAUGAGUGAGAAUCGCUCUUGGAGUUGACUCGGUGCACUGAGAUUCUGCAGAAACGGUUAGAAAUAGAAGGAAAUACAGAUCAGACCUUUUUGUGGAGGAAAAACUUUCCUCAGAAAAGUCGUCGACGAAAUGUUUCUUUAUUUGGCGUGCUGGCCCCAAGAACGUCUCGGAACCCGGAACAUUGCCCGAGCAAUCCAAGUUUCGAUCAGCUAGCGUGGCCAAACUAUUGAAAGUAGAAGGAGAACGGGGUUGGGGACUAUUUUGUGGUAAAAUAAGUUCUCCGCAAUAUUCUUCCUCGGCAUUUUCCGCCAGCGCUACCGACAGCAUCCGAAAUAAUAGUCCGAUAACAAAAAGCACGAAGAAACAUGUAUCACUCGUCAGAAGGGGCGCCGAUUAGAAAACGGUGUUCAACUUUCCACGCCGAAUGAAACUCAGAUUUGAUUGCAUUGAUCGUCAAGCCCGAGAUACUCGGCAUGCACAAAUUAUAUGAAAGAUACAAAGAAAUUAAUGGAAUCGAGCAGAAUCUAGAGAUGUUUGUGACUGCGGGCGUCACAUCUCGCCGGGACACGAAAGUAUGAUGCGAUCAAUUCUAUCGUUGCUUAUUUAAACUCGGACAAACUGUCGGGAUAUUGUACAAAUAUAUUAUUGCAACGUGAAUGAAAAAACGAGGAAUAAACACGGUGAAACGAUGGAACACAAUUUUCAGGUGGAUCCAAGAUGAUUAAUAAUCAAACGAAAAUAAACAUUAUCGCAUUGUUCGAUAAUAUCCCGGUGUUCACAACCGAUUAGUUAUGAAUUCAAUGAAAAAAAAAAACGAAGCAAAUUCUCCUCGCUCCCUCUCCAUUUUUCAUCUUCUUCGCCAUGACGGUGUACGUGAUUACUGAAGCGUUGCGUAAACAGAUGCUGGGUGAAUAAAUUAUUUGAAAUGUUGUAACGAACUCAAAGAUGAGCGUGUUAUUUUGAAGAAAACAAACAUCAAAGAACAAUUUUCUUCUUUCUUAUAUUUUAUUUGUUUUUAUGUCGAACAGUUUGGGGAAUAACGUCUUGCAGGAACGAGCGACGAAAAAUAUCGAUAAACAUUUACCGCGUCUUACCCGUUAUGUCGACAUUUGUAUAAAAAAUAAACACAAAAAUGGAGAAAACAUAA